CCCUCGGACCUCGGAAGCCGACCCCGGACAGUGGCCCGCGUGCUCACUCCGGAGGGGCCCACCACGCCCAUCCUCCAUCCAGGCAGGACUCCCCUCUGCCCAGGCCGAAGGGUCACGAGGAUUAAAAACAUUCUGACACCUUUAAAUCCGUGAAAAUCAGGACAUUAUUUCUCUUGAGUAUUAUGUCAGCAUUCAGAAGAUUAAUGAGGACCACGAAACGACGAUGAGUAUGAGAACGGCUAAGAUUAAUCUGUGUGGUAUCUUUAUUACUCACAGGGAAGGGAGAUGCUAUAAGGGAAGAAGUACAAACCCCAGUGAAGACAGAGAUAGCACAGACCUGAAAGGUUAGAAAUAAAAGAAUAGAAUGAGCAGCUAUCCCCAGAGAAGUAAACUGGGAGACAGUAAACUGGGCAGUCGAGGGUGGAGGGCGCGGAUAUGAGGGCGUGUGGUGGGCCCGCUGUGAGGCGAACACAGUGGAAUGCUUUCGGUUUAAUCAUGAGCCUGAAAAACGGACAGACGAUUCCAUUUCCAGAGUAUAAAAUAUUUUUAUAUAAAAUAUCUUCUUCAUUUAUUAAAAUGGAUGCAGUGAAAAUGAGUGGAACCCUUGCUGUCAGUCUCUUUGAGAGGAGAUUUGGGACUAAGGGCAAUCUCAAGCUCCCUUCAGAGAAGAUUAUUUCAGAAUCACUCAGAAGGAGCUUACCAAAAAUGAUUUCAUUUCCGAUACAAACGCAUGGUGUAGACCGCUUAGGAGCGCGGGAAUUCUGACCGCCAGUGUUCCUGCCUGGACAGUGGACAGUGUGCACUCUCGGGCAGGAAGCAGGCUGGAAAUUGAGACCCAGCAGUACCCCCUGGCUGGGCAGGAGCCCGGGAGCCCAGUGUAAAGCUUGCUGGUGAAAAGGGCUCAGCUCCAGCCCAGAGGCCUGAGUGAGUUCCGGUUGUUCCCGCUCUGUCCUUUUGCAUCUCUGAGACAGGCUGCAAGGACAAGGGGCUAGAACUGAGACGGGGAUGAAAGGCACAGCCUCAGGGAGGCAGGACGGAGGGGGCCUGGCCGUGCCGCUUCUCACAGGCUCUGGUCUGUGUACUUUCGUACGGGACACACGUACAGCCUCGGCCUGGUCUCUGCCCUCCGGGGCCUGUGCGGCACCAUGCCCUUGCACAGACUGGAACAGGGCCAACCGGCCAGAAGAGCCCUUCUGCCUGCCUACUGGGACAGGGUCGUGGGGGUCAGCACCUCCUUUGGUCAAGGCCAUAAUGCGGGGAGAGAAGCCCCCACAUGGCCCCCAUCCCCGGUCAGGUGUGUGGAAGUGCAGAGCACUUGCCUGGGAGACAGGUCUGCGUGCUAAGCCGAGAUCGAGCCCCUGGUCUCAACUCUGCUAGGACACCUGCGUGGUCAAUGGAGCUCGUGGCCCAGUCAGUACAGUUGUAUGGGGUGUCAGGCCGGGGUCUGAGCUAGGUGGUCUCGGAGGUGGAAGGUUUCUAGAAGAGCCCAAAUCUCAGAAACACUGGGCACGCUUGUCCAGGACAAAGCAGUGGAACGCAAGGUCCAGUGAGGUGGAUGGAGACAGCACCCGCCAGGUCAGAGGGCGCAGGCUCCAAGGUACUAGUUUUUCUCCGAUAGAUCUGUUCUGGGAAGCCAUUCUGCAGGUGUGGCCAAGGGGCCCUACACCAGAGGACCCGCGGGGGUCUCGGCCCACCCACACCCACCGAAUCGAACCCCUGGAGCCUGAGGAGGGAAUCUGCUUUUACUUACUUAUCUUUAAACACGUUCCUUACAUUUCUCACUAAAGUUAGGGAACUGCUACUUUAUGACUCUGAAAUGUGUAUUUAAGUUUUCCCAUAAUUACUAAGAUUUUUGCUUUUAAACGAGUCUUCUGUAUAUAAGCAAUGUAAUGUAAACAAAUGAGCUAGGAAUGGCAAGAAAACAGCUUUUGCAUUUGAAACUAAAAUCUAUUUCCUUCAAAUUGAGUAAGCAGUGGGUUAUGGUGGGGGUUUUUAAAAAACAGAAAAACUUGAUUUUCCUGUGCUUUGGCUUUGUCUUAGGGAUUCAUGGGGAAGGGUCCACCUUCAGCACGCUGUAUGGCCUCCUCCUGUGGGAUAUCAUCUUCAUGGACGGGAUACCAGACGUCUUCAGAAACGCCUACCAGGCACCGAACGAGGCUUGUUUCCCGCGACGUAGGCCUUCCCGCUGGACUUGUGCACGGACGGCUUCUGCACCAGCCGGCGGCUGGCCGUGGAGGCCCGGCUGCGGCGGAUUCACAGCGCGCCCGCGGAGAGCCUGCGGGCCUGGGUGGCAGCCGCGUGGCAGGCCCAGCAGGGCAGAGUGGCUUCCCUCGUCAGCUGGGAUCGCUUUGCUUCUCUUCAGCAAGCUCAGGAUCUCGUUUCCUGCUUGGGCGGCCCCGUCCUCAGCGGUGUGUGCCGGCGCCUGGCUGUGGACUUCCGACACUGCCGAGGGGGCCUUCCUGACCUGGUGGUGUGGGACUCCCGGAGUCGUCACUGUAAGCUGGUGGAAGUUAAAGGCCCCAGUGAUCGUCUUUCACAUAAGCAAAUGCUCUGGUUGGAUGAACUGCAGAAGUUGGGGGCCGACGUAGAAGUCUGCCACGUGGUUGCUGUUGGAGCUAAGAGCAAAAGCCUCACCUAAGAGCUGUCGAGUUGGGGGUGUCUGGUGACACAUGGAUUGAUUUUCAAAAGCAUAAAGCAUCAUUACAUUUUAUUUAACUUUGUUAUGUCAGUAAUAAACCUGAGAGUUUACGACUCAU